AGCGUAUACCAGUUUACAGAACAACUGACAUAAAAGAGGAUAGCGUCUACCUCUCAUUCAGUUUGGCUCAGAACCUGGUUGCAAUAGGACGUUGCGUUACUAAAGCUUUUUGUAAUUAAAUAAAUAUAUUGAUUUAGCUGUAGCUGCAGUUAAAAAAUUAGUGAAUUUUAUACAAAACAUCAGGAAAAUUAUAUUUAUUAUAAUUUUAUUUCCGUGAAGACGACGGUGCUGAUUUUUAAGGACGUCAUUCUCAUGAUAAUGCUGAGAUUCGGAGUUAUUUUGUUACUCGGGUUUUCAACUACAGUGAACAGUCAAUGCUUUACCAAAGAUGACGCUUCAAAGAAACUAAAUGCGGAGGCGAGAGCAACAUUGUAUAAAAAUCAGUUGGAAUUUACAUUAAAUCUCUUCAAUGUGAUCAACGAGGCUGUUCCUAAUGACAACGUAUUCUUCUCACCUUUCUCCGUAUACCACGCCCUACUUCUUGGAUAUUUUGCUGCUGGUGGUCAAACAGAAAAAGCAUUGAAAGAAUCACUGCGCAUCGCUGACACGCAGGACAAGGUGAACCUGUUGAUGGCAUACAAAGUGGACAAACAUUUGCGGGCCGUGAACAACAACAGCGACAGCUAUGAGUUCACAAACGUUAAUAAGAUGUUCGUUGACACAGCGCUUCAAGUCAGAGAAUGCUUCAAAGAUGCCUUUGGUGGCGAAUUAUCGGGCCUGAAUUUCCACGAUCACCCCGGAGUUGCUGUAGAACAUAUCAACGAGUGGGUGGCCCACGUCACUAAAAACAAUAUCAAAGACCUCAUUCCUCCUUCUGGCGUAACCCAAGCAACCAAGCUCGUUCUCGCCAACGCAGCUUACUUCAAGGGCGUCUGGGCAUCAAAAUUCCAAGCUCAAAGCACCAAAAAACAAGUAUUCUUCGUCUCGGAAACCCGUCAGACCCUCACACAUUUUAUGAGACAAAAAGGACAAUUCCACUUCAUGGUGAAUGACGAGCUGGGAGCACAGAUCCUGGAAUUGCCUUACAAGGGCAAUGACAUCAGCAUGUACAUCUUAUUGCCACCCUACUCUAUGAAGGAAGGAGUAAACAACAUUAUAGCAAAUUUGACGCCAGAGAGAUUGGCCGCUGUGGUUGAAGAAGGUUAUCUAGGAAGGGAGGUUGUGGUCGAAAUUCCCAAAUUUACCAUCGAAAGGAGUCUACAACUUAGACCGAUAUUGGAAAGGCUGGGUGUUGGCGACUUGUUUAACGCGAGCUCAGACUUCAGCACCAUGAUGGAAGAUCGUGGUGUCAUUUUUGAUGACGCCGUCCACAAAGCUAAGAUACAAGUCGACGAAGAAGGUACGGUAGCGGCGGCAGCAACAGCCAUAUUCGGCUUCCGUUCCUCGAGACCAGCGGAGCCCACUGUGUUCAUCGCCAACUUUCCAUUCGUUUACAUUAUCUACGAGAAACCAACAAAUUCUGUUCUAUUCAUGGGAGUGUUCAGAGACCCUAAGAAAUAAACGUCUGUCAAAGAACUGACAUUAGCAGUGACAGUCAUUAGUUUAAUUUAAUUUUUAAACAGUGUUAUUUUUAAAAAGUCCUCUCUUUUUAUAUUUGUAUUAUGUAUUUAUUAAAAUUUGUUACUUGUAGUAAAGUGUGUAGGUCGCAUAAGACUUAUUUUUAAUUAAUUUAUUAAUUUACUUAUUAAAUUGAUGAAAAACCUGAA